GGUGGAGGCCAAGUCAACUCUACGGACCAAGCCAACGCUAGCGCUACCUUGUACUCGUUUUUUGCGUUUUUUGGCUUCUUUGCCGGUUCGGUUAACAAUGUGAUUGGUCCCCGACGGACACUAAUGCUUGGCACCUGGGGCUACUCGUUGUAUAUUGCUGCCUUCCUCGCUGUCAACAUUCAUUCUGGUGCGGGUGCUUUUGUUGUCACAGCCGGUGCUGUCCUUGGCGCCUGUGCGGCUUUUCUUUGGACCGCCCAGGGCUCGAUGAUGAUGUCAUACCCCACUGAGGCUCAGAAGGGCAUGUUCAUCAGUAUCUUUUGGGCUAUCUUCAACCUUGGAGGGGUUGUCGGGUCUGCUAUCUCGUUUGGAAGCAAUUUCAACAGUACGAGCAACAGCGUUGGCAAUGGAACAUAUGUUGGCUUCUUGAUCCUGACUCUCAUUGGCGUGUUUCUCCCGCUACUCAUGGUGGACCCAGACAAAAUGAUCCGAACGGAUGGAACUCGCGUGAACACGGUCCGCCACCCACACUGGAAGACGGAGUUCUUCAGCCUGUUCAUAGCCCUGAAGACUGACCCUUGGGUUAUACUCCUCUUUCCGAUGUUUGCUGCCAGCAAUUACUUCUAUACCUGGCAAUUCAAUGAUUACAAUGGCGCAAUAUUCAACAUCCGCGCUCGGGGUCUGAACAACUUUGUGUACUGGACAUCACAGAUCUUCGGAUCCAUCUUCAUUGGUUACUUUGUCCUUGACCUGAAGAACGUUCGGCGCAGAGUCCGUGCCUUCUAUGGCUGGAUCCUUGUAUUCUUCAUGAUAUUCGUUGUCCAUGUCUGGGCAUACUUUUACCAAAAGACAUAUACCCGGGCGGAGGAGAGUCUUAAAGGUGCUUAUAAAAUCGAUAUCUUGGAUUCAAACUACCCUUCCCAUGUCUGGCUCAUGAUCUUUUAUGGCUUCCUGGAUUCGAUGUGGCAAACAUAUGCAUACUGGCUAAUGGGCGCAAUGUCGAACGACCCUGCCAAGCUGGCCGUGUUCGCUGGCUUUUACAAGUGCCUGCAAUCAGUGGGUGCAGCAUCUGUCUGGGCUGCCGAUGGUGCUAGUGUCCCAUACAUGAACAUUUUCCUGUCGACGUGGUGCCUCACAGUCGCUGGCAUGAUCUGCGCCGCACCGAUGGUGUACCUUCGUGUCACUGACCAUACGGAUAUUGAGGACGAGGUUCUGAUGCAAGUCGCGGGCGUGGAACCGAUUGAGCCCCCAGUAGCUGCAACGACACAGAAGGCAUGAUAUCACGACAUCGAUGUAUUGGUCAUGAACGGCUCCCUCUGCUUUGGUUAUUAUUUUUUUGUUUUCAUAGCAGGGUACUUAGCAACAAUCAACAACUUGUCUUUAGUUUGUUGCAUACUUAUUAAUUAUGGUGAAUCUGUGGUAAUUGUCAUCCCGUCGUGUUGA